AUGACAAAACCAACGCUUGCUCAACUUCAACAUGAAUUCGAUAAACGAUUGAAAUUGUACAAUGGUACAAAUGAAGUUUCCGAUCUUUGGUUACCUUUCUUGGUCGCUGUCCAAAAUAUCUUGCCGGACGAUAACAAUGGCGAAAAUACGUUAUCUAAUAAUCAAAUUCUCUAUCCAAUUUGUGUCAAAUGUUUGGAAAAAUUCGAAAACAAUCCCGAACAAAUUACGAAUAAGGAUUUUGCAAAAAUUUGCCUUCUGAUUCCGGAUAUGUCCGUUGACAAAGGUUUGUGGUAUGGCUUAUUCUACAGAAAACAAAUUGGAGUGCAAUAUGCACAAUUAUGGAUUGAUUGGGCCGAAUACAUCGAAGAACAUGAAUUAAACUGGGCCGGCGCGUGGGGUAUAUAUGAAGAAGCGAAAAAAUUCAUACAUAGUGCUAAUGAAUGUGCUGAAAUCGACGAAGCCUACCGUUCGUUUGCCAGCCGUUUUCAAGAAUGGGAUCAAAAGGAAUAUGCAAGAGAACAAUCAACUGCUAAACCUAAAAAUCGAACAACUGUUACUAAACGAACGACCCAAACCCGUAGCUCAUUCGAGAUUAUGAUGGCUGCCGAACCAAAAACAAAACGAUCGCCGAUACGUGCACAACCAAGUUUCGAUACUGACGACGAUCCAGAUUGUCAAUUAUUACCAGAAUGUCGUGAAGCAGUUCACCUGGAAUAUUCUCGAAUGCUGGAUAUGUCGAACACGAGUUUAAUGGGUGGCGAGCGUGUUAGUUGUGUUCCAAGCAAUAUCCGACGUGGAUCAAUAGUACCACCGUUGAUGAAUAUAUUCACAAUUGAUCAAGUUCUUCGCCGUCAAUCUCAUGUACCUGUUAAUGACACUUUGGAUGAAAACUUUCUUGAUGUUUCCUGUAUCGUCGUCGACGAACGUGAUCCAUUUGAUGACCAAAUUCGAAGACAGAUCUUGGAAAAGCGAGGCGUCAAUUAUGCAUUGAUGGAAAACUAUUCAGUGGAAAAAACGAAUCUACCAGCUGGCUUAGCAAAGAAUAAAGUAGGAACAAAAGUCGAAAAAGUUACAUUGGGUGGAACAACAUAUGAAUUCGGAAAGAAAUUAGGCGAAGGUGCUUAUGGAUAUGUUAUUACUGCACGAUUAGCAUCUGAUCCGAAGACGACAUAUGCUUGCAAGAUUCAACAUCCAUCAACUGUGUGGGAAUUCUAUAUUCUUUCUGAACUAGCACGACGUACGAUACGCAAAGCAGGGCAAUUUGAUCUCAAUCAACGAAUUCCAACUGUCUAUCGACUUAUCGAAUACAAUGAUUAUAGUGUUAUGUUUAUGCAACGUGCGCCUCAAACUUUACUCGACUUUGCCAAUUAUCAUAUUAGUCGUGAUCGAUAUGUUCCGUUGUGCUAUCAACUUUACUAUUCAAUUGAGAUGUUACGUAUCUUUGAUUACAUGCACCGUUUGCGUAUUAUUCAUUGCGAUGUCAAGCCAGAUAAUUUCAUGGUACUUCAUUGCCCAACAGCAUUUUCAACGAGAAAAGAUAGCUGUGGUCCGAUCCCGUCACUGAUGUUAAUUGAUUUCAACCGUUCAAUUGAUUUGAAAUUAUUCGAUAAUGGUACAGCAUUUGUAACUUGUGUUCCCAAAAAAGAAUUAGCCUGUGUGGAAAUGUUGCACAAUCGUCCGUGGAUUUUUCAACAUGAUUUAUUCGGCAUGGUCUACUCAAUUCACGUACUUGUUUUCCUUAACUACAUGACAGUAUGUGAAGAUGAACAACGACAAGAUGGAAGUAUGACGACAAAGGCGAAAUUUUCGAAACGUACACACGAUAUUUGGAAAGAAUUCUUCCAUGAAUUUCUCAACAUACCCGACUGUCAACAUUUACCAGAUUUGAAUGCUUGGGCUGACCGUUUAGAAAGCUUAUUGUUUGAAGAAGCUAAACGUCUCAGACCGAAAGACAUCGAAUACACCAAUAUGUUUCGACUGAAAUUAGAUACGUACCUCAAUCAAUUUCAACCAACGCCACCGGCAACGGCACCAGCGCCAGGUCAAUCUCAUUAA